UGUGUGUGUGUCCUGUCUUGGAGUGAGGGAGAGAGGUUGGCCAUGGAAGACGAAGGCAACACCGGUGAAUCACCACAACAAGAACAUCAACAUAUCAACGGGUGGGCCUCAAUUGCAUGGACCCACUUAUCGUAUGUUCGCCAAAAUUCGCCGUUGAUUCAAUGCAUCACAAACUUCGUGUCAAUGGAUCUGAUGGCCAACACACUCUUAUCCGCCGGAGCAUCGCCCGCGAUGGUGCACUCGCUGCAGGAAAUCCCGGACUUUACCCCGCAUGCCCACGCACUAUGCAUUAACGUCGGAACACUCACCGCCGACUGGCUACCGGCAAUGAAGAAGGCUGCCGAGGUGGCCAAUCAGUCGAACAAGCCUUGGGUUCUCGACCCAGUUGCCGCCGGAGCUUCUGGGUUCCGGUUGAGGGCUUGUCUUGAGCUGGUUGGGUUGAGGCCUAGUGUGAUUAGAGGGAAUGGGUCGGAGAUCAUAGCCCUUUCCAAGGCUUCUGUGGGACCCACUAAGGGUGUAGACAGCACCCAUGAAUCAACAGAUGCUGUGGAAGCAGCAAAGUCCUUGGCUCUGGCAAGUGGAAGUAUAGUUGCAGUUUCAGGAGCUGUUGACAUUGUUACAGAUGGUCAGCGAGUUGCUGGUGCACAAAAUGGAGUGGCGAUGUUGCAACAGAUUACAGCGACAGGAUGCUCUGUCACUGCUCUCAUUGCAGCCUUUGUUGCAGUUGAUCCAUUACAUGCCUUCGAGGCAACGGCUUCUGCAUUGUCCAUAUUUGGUAUUGCUGCAGAGAUAGGAAUGGACGUAGCUAAAGGUCCGGCCUCAUUGCGGAUGCACUUGAUUGAUUCACUUUAUGGGCUCGAUCAAGCUACCAUACUUCACCGCAUUAACAUCACUUUCUUGUCAUGAUGCAUUAGAAGAAAUAUGAAUUGUAUGUCAAUAAUAAUUGCACCAAUUUGAGCCGUGCAUAAUGCUCUUAUAUCGAGCAAGAGCAACAUAUACAUCAGCUGACAUGUUAACCCUUAUGCCUCUUGUAUAUUACUUUGAAAAUGAUAGUGACCUUGAUGUCUUUUGGUGGCUGAAAAAAACUUUCGUACCAUUUCACAGUUUUUCUUUAUUUGCCAUUGGAUUUUGGCUUGCAAGUUGUACACUUUCUUGUGAAACAGAAAACUUCAUCGCUGAACAAAUAUUUAAGCAAAC